GAUUUUGCAACAAAAACAAGUUUAUUUUUACACUCAAUAUACUCUCAAUUAAACUGUGAUUUACUUUGGCGCUUUACAUCUUUAUUCAAAUCUCUUGGACUGGAUAGUUUAAUUGAUUGGUGGGCGCAUCGAUACCAACCAGUUUCAAAAUGGCCAAGAUUAAGGACAAAAAAGGGUCAAUUCAUUUAGAUAAAGAAAAUAAAUUGCAUACAUUUAUCAAGAUUUAAUGAGAAAUUAUGUAAACGAAAAUGGGUCGAAAUGUUCAAUAAACAGAUUAAGUAAAAGGGUUUGUUUCAGUUUAAUGGCUCAAAGUCAAUGUCCACCAACAGUCAAGUUCAAGGAAAACUUAAAAUAGAGUAAAGUUAAAGGGCAAGUUCAAUUAAUUUGAUUGGUGGCAAAGAGGAAGGCCAACACGGUAACAGUAUAAAAAGUGAGGUCGGAAAAACGGUUUAUUCAUUGAUUCACCUGGCAAAAACUAUCAUGUAUUCAAUUCCAUUUCUUUUCGUUUGCAUCCAACUCGCAGUCACUGCAUUGCUUGUUUCUGGAGGACCACAAAGACGCAAAGUUAACUGUACAGAUUAUCGUUCAAAUUUGGAUAUUUGGUCAAAUGAGCUUCUCUCUCUUGCUGAUAGAUCGGUACGACUUCCAGAAACAGCUGAAAGGUUAAACGAUUUUCAUUGUGUCCGUUCAAAGGAGGCUUCAGCAAAACUCAAGAAUCUCAGGGUUUGCCUGAAACCCUUUCCAUCACAAGUAUUGGAUGUCAUCUUAUCAGGAACAAGAAAAACAAUGAGAAACACUUGUAAUACUCUUGAAGCUCGACAAGAGUUUGUUGAUAAAACUGCCUGUGUUAGACCGCAAUAUGGCAAAGCACUUGACUGUAUCGAUCGAUAUGUUGCUGAAAUGGAGUAUGUUAGGGAUAACAUCGAUAACUUGGACAUGAAAAUACCUUAUACUUGUUGUUAUUACUGGAAAACUCGAAGGUGUUUCCUCAAUGUUGUCGCUGCUAAUUGUCCUGAAUCUUCAGUGCAAUACUCUCAAGAACAUCUAGAUUCGCUAUUCUCUGAAACAACUGAUUUACUGUGCAACAAGUGGGAAGAAGGGACAUCCAAUUGUGCCAAUUUAGCUCCUCUCAAUCUCAACCGAAAGACUACAAAGAAUGCUUUAACCUUUGUUUUACCCAAUCUUGAUAUUUAUACUCAAACUUAAUGUUGACUCUCAACUAUUUAAUAAUUUAUAAUAUUCUUAAAUUAAAAUUUGACACUUAUUUUUGAAGAAA